UUAGACACCUUCACAUAUUCUGUGACUCUUGCUCGGGCCAGAACAAAAACUUCACAAUGAUAAGAUUUUUACAUUAUCUUGUUUAUGAAGCAAAGAAACUUGACUCCAUCAAAGUAACAUUCCCUGUGCGUGGCCAUUCAUACAUGGAAUGCGACAAGAAUAUGGGGCUUGUCAACACAAAAUCUAAGGCAGAACUUCCUUCAGAUUGGAUUGAAGUUUUUGAAAAUGCUAGAAAGAACCCUUUUCCCUUUAAAGUUGUGAGUAUUGACAAUCAAUUCUGUAGACAGUGGACAAAAUUCUUGGACACAUUAUAUAUGAAAAAAUGCCCAUUUGCUACAAGGACUAUAAAGGAGCUUAAAAUUUCCAAGGAAGGCAAUGGUAAUGAACAAAAAUUGAUGCUGAGGAGUUCUUACUAUGCAGCGUGGGACAAAUGUUCAAUCCUGCCAAAGAAAAAAACCCAUUCUUCAACAGUAUGUGCUGAAAAUGAAUUUCUAAUGCCAGAAAAAUCUUAUGAUGGUCCACUGCCUAUCAAGAAGGCCAAAUACAAUGACUUGAAAGAUUUAAAGAUAUUUUGUAGUAGUGCUGCCAAAGAAUACUUCACCAAUCUUCCCCAUUUGGAUGAAUAA